AUGGCGCUGCCUAGAGGGGCUCUGGAUCCCGUGACAGCUUCCCGCCUCGUCGAGGCGGCUGUGCGCGGGGCGCUCGGGGCGACGAGGCGCACGGUGGCGGCGGUUGCGCGGUCUGCGGUUUCGGCGGCGGCCUUCGCCGUCGCGGCGCCGCCACCGCCCGCCGCCGCCGCUGGCGCUGGGGCGCCACCUCCUGUUCCUCGCCCUGGUGUUCCGGGCCGCGCCGGUGCUGCUGUGGCCGACCCGACGGCGCUCGCCGCUCGGCGUCGGCGCCGCCGACAGCGCCGCGCGGCGCGGAAGGCCGCCGCGGCGCCCCCUGCAGCCGCAGGCGAGGGCUUUGGGCAGACUGCUGGAGCCGCUGCUGCCGCUGCUGGUGCCGGCCUCGCGCUCGCCCCCGUGGCCGCUGUGGAGGUGGAGGCUGCCGACGCGGAGAUGGAGGACUUCGACGACGCAUGGGCCGACGGGCUCGUGCGAUUCCCCAAUGGUGGGGCGGUGGCGGCCGCUGCGGAGGCCCGCCCGCCUCCCUCGAACGGGGCCGCUGCCGCAGCGGAGGCGGCGGAUCCAGCGCGCGGAACUGGAGGAGCUGCUGGUGCUGCGGGGUGCGGCCUCGGGUGCGACGGCCAGGCCGACGGAGCCGCGCGGCGGCGGCGCGGUCCCAGGCGUCCUCGGGCAAAGGCGGCGGCGGAGCUGGGUGCGGCGCUCGCGGUGGCUGCGCCUGCUGUAGGCGGAGCUGCGGCCUCGGUGGUCGGCCCUGAGGAGGUCUUCGUGGUGGCCGACGGCCUCAUCCGCCAGGCGGCUGACUACGAGCCCCGGCUCAGCGAGCAGCUUCGGCAAAUGCUGGAGUCCGUGAGCUGGAGGCCUGCCAGCGCCCUUUAG